UUAUAUAUUAUUUUAAGCUCACGUAUAUAUCAAUGAGAGCAACGUUAAAAACAAUUUUUUAUUUCUACCGAGCAAGAAUUACUAAUAAGAUAUUCACUUUAUUAAUAUUGAAUGAAUUUAAUGAGAACAAAAGUUCAAAUAUUUAAGCUCACCUAUUUGUAAAUAAGAAAAAUCACAACCAAGUACAUUUGCAAAUAGUUCAUUGUGUAAAUUUAGCUGCGAGAAAAAACACGUUGUAAUAUCGACUGGUAAAGGUAGAAUCGCGAGGAAGUUCCCACGUUAAAGACACGAACGAUACGUAGAAGGGUGGUGCCAGACACGAAAUAGUGAUACUGUUAACCCACCCUUUCCUUCGAACCCUCGCCUAUCCAGCAAAACUUUCCGAUUUCAGUCGUCAUAAUAGUGAUACUCGAGCACGAUCACCUGUCGGUUCUUACUUAUCUAAACAUGUUUGUCCAAGGACCCGGUAUGGUCCAAAAUAGAUCAGACAAUUCCGAGGAGGAAAGCGAAGAUGAAUUUUCUGGUGACGUUCUUCAGAAACGCCGCGAAGAAUGCGAGAGAAAGGCUAGACGAGGAGAAAUGGAUCCUCGUUUGGAAUUUGCUUUUCAGCUUUUGAUGGAUGCGACACAGCUAACACGUCACGAGGUAAUGGACCAUGUUUUCGAAGGCGACAUGUUAGACGAAAUCAAUCAAUUGUUUUUACCUCACACGAGGUCGACUCUCGUCUGGUUUUAUCAAGAGGUCGUUGAAAUGGAACCUUCUCGUCCACUUGAUACGGUACAAACGAAACCUACAGGUGCUCGAAUCGCCCCAAAUACGUCAAUGUCGAAAGUAAAAGAAUUACAAAAGGAAACUAAAGAAGCAACGAAAAAGAAACUUUUUUUAACCGACGGUUGGCAGGUGCCUUGUACAGGAAUCUGUAUUUAUAUGUUUCGAAUUAAUCUUUCAAAACAACUACCCGAAGAAGGAUUUCAAAAGGAUUUGUACACAGGCAUUAUAGAUACUAUGAAGAUUGGUAUAGUACCAUCGAUUCAACGUGUCGUUGAAAAUGUUUUUAUGGAAGCAUUGGCACAUUCCAUUGGAGAAGGAGAAGAUGAUUGUCCGAUGAUAAAAACUCUUUUGUUGCCUGGUCUUAGAUCAUUUUGCAGCGCUUUAAAAGUAUGCGAGGACGUAGCUUUGGAAGGAAGUAUAUUCGACGAUGGUCAAAAUAUAAUGGUAAACGUCCAUAAUUUUGAGGAAGCAAAAGUUUUUAUAUCUCAAGAAAAUGCCAUCACUAAAGUCGAGGAAAGAGUAAAAGUAUGGAUAAAGAAAUUAAAAGAUUUCAUGGCGGAGAGUAAGCAAGUUAAAAGAGAAAACGAUAAUUCCGGACCGCAACAAGAAUUGGAAUAUUGGAAACGAAGAGGAGCGCAAUUUAGUCAACUUGUUUGUCGAUUACAGGAUCACGAAGUGCGAAUGUCACUUCUAUGCUUGCAAGUAGUUCGCUCGGCUUACAUUAAAAACUGGGUCGACACCGAAAACGAAGUGACUUAUUGCUACAACGAGGCAAAAGAUAACGCAAAGUUUAUUCAGGCCUUAGAAAAAUGCUGUCACUGUUUAUACCUCGACGAUCCCGUGAAAAUGAAAGAUUCUCUUAUAUCGUUGCUGCAAACUGUAAGAUUGAUAUACAGUGUAUCGAAAUUUUAUAAUACUUCAGAACGAACUAGUUCGUUAAUGAUCAAAAUUACUAAUCAAAUGAUAGUCGCUUGUCGUGAUUACGUCACGAAAAGAGGAAGAGAAACAAUUUGGGGUCAGGACAGGAUGGCUGUUAGAUCAAGAUUAAAACAUUGUUUAAGAUUGAACAAGUCGUACAGAGAAACAUACAGAUUAGUACGAUGUUCACCAGCCGUGACAGAACAAGAAUUUUCCUUUUCUGAAACUCACGUUUUUGGAAGAUUUGAUUCUUUUUGUGCGAGAAUCAGAAAGAUUCUUACAAUGUUCGAUCUCAUUGAAGAUUAUCAGAAUUUGUUCGAAAGACGAAUGGAAGGAUUAUUACUAGGAGAAUCUUUAGAAGAUGCUAUGAAGGUUUUCGAAGAAGCUAAGCAAAUAGCUACGAAUAAAUCAUACGAUUAUUUGGAUCCAAGAAAUUUUGAAUUUGAUACAGACUAUGACGAGUUUAUGGUGAAGACAGAUAAUUUAAAAGAAAACAUUGGCGAUAUCAUUGAGAAAAAUUAUGCCGAUGUUUGGGAAACUCCGCAAGGUAUACGCUUUUUAACGCGAUUCGAGAAGGUCAGCAAAAAGAUUCCAUUGACGAAACUCGAAGAGAAAUAUAACAUUGUGAUCAAAUAUUGUGAUAGAGAAAUCGAAAGAAUCUUGAAACUGUUUAAAAGACAACGAGACGAUCCACCAUUGCCCAGACAUAUGCCUCCUAUAGCUGGAAGAGUAACUUGGGCAAACUCAUUAAUAGUACAUCUAAACGAAUUAACUACUUCUGUGACGAGUCACCCAGUUUUAAAAACGUUACCUCUCACUGGAGAUUUAGAGAAGCGUUACGCCCAGGCACUCGUUGUCUUAAGUCAAUAUCGAUCGGAUAUUUCCGAAGUUUGGACACAUCAAAAUUCAUGGAUUAUCGAAGAUUGCUUAAAACGAUCAUUGUUAGCAACUGAUCAAAAAACAGGAAAAAUCAAGGUCAAUCUGGAAAGUCGUAUCGUUCUUCUAUUUCGUGAAGCUGACUGUUUGGCAAAGUUAAAUUUUAACAUUCCUAUCGUUGCACUGGCGAUAUUAGCUAAACGUGACUACUUCACAAUGGUCUCGAAUUCUCUUCAGUUAGUAAUAGAAGAAUUUGUUACAACAGCUCAACGAGUAAAAUUAGAAGUUAGACCACUUCUUUUACCACAUUUGGUCCGUGUCGCAUCGUUAUUCAAACCUGCUUUAACAUCGUUAACAUGGACGCAACCGGAUUGGAAAGAAUUUUGCCAAAAUACAAGAGAACAAAUCAAAAUCUUCGAUAUACUUAUAAUUAGAAUUCAUGAUGUAUAUUCCAAUAGAAUCUUACACGUAUUAGAAAGCAUGCAAAAAAUCACUUUACAUUCUUUACCGACUUCCAAUGAUCCAUGGACGAUAGAGGAAUUUAUAGAAAAAACGGAAGAAAUUUGUAGAAUUGCUGCAGUAGAUUUGUAUCGUAAAAGUAUGAUGGUGGAAGAGGCGGUAGAAGAAGUUUUAGGUUUAGUUAAAAAUGCCGCUGCUGAUUUCAAACAGAUUGCUGACUCUGAUCAAUUUGAUUUGUUAAUCGAAGAAGAAAACAUAGAAAAAGAUGCGGAGCAAGGAGUGCAGCAACACGAUUGGUCCAUCGUGUGGGCUUAUUUUGACAAUCCUCAUCAAUUAUUAACGAUAGAUAGUUUACCUAAAGGAAUGCAAGAAAUGGUUGGAAAUGCAAUGUCUGAAAUGAGAAGAUACUAUUCCAGAAAAGUCGUGGAUGUAUUGAUAAAGGUUACAAAAGCUUCUUUAGACGCUAUAAGAAAACGAUUUGUUCGAAAUAUAGAUCUUGAUUGUCCUCCGAAUCCUGUGUUCCUAUUACACGCCAAUCUAAUGAUACCAACAGUAACAGUAAAACCAACUUUAAACGACGUACAAGAAACUUUAUGCUCGGCUGGGAAAAUAAUUACCGGCGUAUCGAAAGGUGUUUCGCAAUGGAAUGUCAAAAGCAAUAAGAAUUGUUGGAAAGAUUUACAAUGGGAUAUUAAAAGGAAUAUUACUGAUGUAAUAAUGCGAGUGCAAGUCGAUGUUACGAAGAAGAAAGAAGAACAAUUGGAAGAUUUAAAAACUAGAAGACGCAGACUUUAUAAAAUAAUCUCCGAAGAGAAACCGAUAUUUAUAAUCCAGGAAAGAAAUUUUUAUUCAAUGGUUAUCGAAAAUAAGGACAUCGUCAAAAUACUAUCGAUGUUGAACAGUUGCACCCAAGAACUUAAACAGGAUUUGUCAAAUUUUUUCGAACGAUGGGAACCUUAUAAAUUUCUAUGGGAAAACGAACGAAAUAUGCGAGAACUUUUACUAGUUUCUCUAUCCGAAUUUGAAAGUACUUUACGAAAACACGGUGAGCUAGAAGAUCUUUUAAUCACCGAACCCGAUAUGAUUCUUUUUGGAAGAUCCAUCGCUGUAUCUACGGAAAGGUUGAAGUAUGGACUCUAUACGGAAAUAAAAAGUUCCACACACAAAAUUGGUCAGGCAAUGAAGAAGAAAUAUCGAAAAGAAAUGGAAUAUGUUUAUGCGGUAAUGAACGAAAUGGAUCGUAAAUUGGAUCGACAAAUACGCGAUCUAGACGACGUACGUCUCAUAAUGGAUACCUUGAAGAAAAUUCGCGACCAGGAGGUCGACAUGGAGCUUAAAAUUGAUCCGAUCGAAGAAGCUUUUAAUAUAGUUACAAGAUACGAGGUCCCUGUUGAUCCCGAGUGCUUAGAACAAGUCGAUAAUCUUCGAUACACUUGGCAACAAUUAUUGGCACGUGCACAAGAAAGUCAUGUUUUAUUACUGAAUCUCCAGCCUCAGUUCGAAGAUGAUUUGAGAAGGAAUCUCGAGAAAUUCCGUAUCGACAAUGAGACUUAUUGCGAAGAAUAUAGAUCGUCGGGACCAAUGCAGCCUGGUUUAAGUCCUAGAGAUGCUUCCGAUAGACAAAUACUUUUUCAAAAUAGAUUCGAUGGAAUGUGGAGGAAGUUACAAACGUAUCAGAGCGGCGAAGAAUUAUUUGGAUUACCUAUUACGGAUUAUCCAGAAUUGUCGCAAAUUCGAAAGGAAUUAAAUUUGUUGCAAAAAUUAUAUAAAUUGUAUAAUGACGUUAUCGAUCGGGUCAGUAGUUACUACGAUAUACCUUGGGGUGAGGUAAAUAUCGAAGACAUCAAUAACGAAUUGAUGGAGUUUCAAAAUCGAUGCCGUAAAUUACCGAAGGGUUUAAAAGAAUGGCCUGCAUUUUUUGCGUUGAAAAAAACGAUCGACGAUUUUAACGACAUGUGCCCGUUAUUGGAAUUGAUGGCGAACAAAGCCAUGAAGCCACGUCAUUGGCAGAGAAUCGUCGAAGUAAUGAGUUACUCUUUCGAUCUCGAAAAUGAAAAUUUUUGCUUGAAGAAUAUUCUUGAGGCACCCUUGUUGAAAUACAAGGAAGAUAUCGAAGACAUUUGUAUUUCCGCGAUGAAAGAGAAGGACAUCGAAGCAAAAUUAAGAACAGUGAUAAACGAGUGGUCUUCUCACGAAUUGACCUUUAUGACUUUUAACAAUCGAGGAGAAUUGUUACUCAGAGGAGAUACCACUGCGGAAACAAUAGGACAGCUAGAAGACAGUUUGAUGAUUUUGGGUUCCUUGAUGUCGAAUAGGUAUAACGCACCCUUUCGCAAACAGAUACAGCAAUGGCUUGCAGAUCUUUCGAAUACAAACGAGAUUCUUGAAAGAUGGCUACUCGUCCAAAAUAUGUGGGUUUAUCUUGAGGCUGUAUUCGUGGGUGGAGAUAUAGCUAAGCAAUUGCCAAAAGAAGCUAAAAGAUUUAGUAAAAUCGAUAAGAGUUGGCAAAAAAUUAUGCAAAGAGCUCAUGAAACCCCUGGUGUUGUGCCUUGUUGCGUGGGGGAUGAUUUAUUAAAGCAACUUUUACCGCAUUUACAAGAACAGCUGGAACUUUGUCAAAAAUCUCUUAGCGGGUAUUUAGAAAAAAAACGCAUGAUGUUUCCAAGAUUUUUCUUCGUAUCCGAUCCAGCACUUUUGGAGAUACUUGGUCAAGCAUCAGAUUCGCACACGAUACAAAAUCAUUUGCUUUCGAUUUUCGAUAAUACCAAAUACGUUAAGUUUCACGACAUAGAAUACAAUAAAAUGACUGCAAUUAUUUCCUCGGAAGGUGAAACGAUAACUCUGGAAAAAGCUGUGCGAGCUGAAGGUUCUGUAGAGACAUGGUUGAUGCAGCUUUUACAGACAUCUCAAUUAUCUUUACAUUCCAUCAUUCGUCAAGCCUACUCGAUGAUGAAUGAUAUUAGCUUUAACUUAUUAAAUUUCCUGGACAAAAUGCCGGCACAAGUAGGAAUAUUGGGAAUACAAAUGAUUUGGACAAGAGAUGCGGAAUUAGCUCUAGCACAAGCACGUGCGGACAAAAGAAUCAUGAGCGAAACAAAUAAUAGAUUUCUAGAUUUGUUGAAUACCUUGAUCGAUCAGACCACGCGAGAUCUCUUGAAGAUCGAUCGAACUAAAUUCGAAACGUUGAUCACUAUACACGUGCAUCAGCGUGAUAUUUUUGAUAUACUGUGUCGCAUGAAUGUACGUUCCGUAAAUGAUUUCGAGUGGUUAAAGCAAUGCAGAUUUUAUUUUAAAGAAGAUAUGGAUAAAACUAUGAUAUCUAUAACAGAUGUACAAUUUGUAUAUCAAAAUGAAUAUUUAGGAUGUACUGAGAGACUCGUUAUAACACCAUUAACAGAUAGAUGUUACAUAACGUUAGCACAAGCGUUGUCUAUGUCAAUGGGAGGUUCACCCUGCGGACCUGCAGGAACUGGUAAAACUGAAACGGUCAAAGAUAUGGGAAAGACAUUGGCAAAAUAUGUCGUAGUUUUCAAUUGCUCCGAUCAAAUGGAUUAUAGAGGACUCGGCCGAAUUUACAAAGGAUUGGCUCAAAGUGGAUCCUGGGGAUGUUUCGACGAAUUCAAUAGAAUCGAAUUACCUGUCUUGUCCGUUGCUGCCCAACAAGUUGCUGUUGUUCUAGCUGCUAAGAAAGAAAAAAAAAAGCAAUUUAUAUUUACAGAUGGCGAUCAAAUAGAUAUGUGCCCUGAACUUGGAAUAUUUAUUACAAUGAAUCCUGGUUAUGCGGGUAGAAAAGAACUUCCAGAAAAUUUAAAAAUACAAUUUCGUACCGUAGCCAUGAUGGUACCCGACAGACAGAUAAUUAUACGAGUAAAAUUGGCUAGCUGCGGAUUCCUAGAAAAUAUUACUCUAGCUCGUAAAUUUUAUACGCUUUAUAAGCUUUGUGAGGAACAACUUACCAAACAAGUUCAUUACGAUUUCGGCUUAAGAAAUAUCUUAUCCGUACUUAGAACGUUGGGUGCUGCAAAAAGAGUAAAUUCCAAAGAUUCGGAAAGUACAAUUGUGAUGCGUGUUCUCAGAGAUAUGAAUCUCUCAAAACUCAUAGACGAAGACGAGCCAUUGUUUAUAUCAUUGGUAGCAGAUCUUUUUCCAAAUCAAGCUUUAGAAAAAACUUCGUACCCGGAAUUAGAGACAGCUAUUAGUCAGCAGGUCGAAGAGGCUGCGUUGAUUUACCAUCCACCAUGGGUCUUAAAAUUAAUUCAACUUUAUGAAACUCAAAGAGUACGACAUGGUAUUAUGACUCUCGGACCAACAGGUGCAGGAAAAACAACCUGUAUCCAUAUACUGAUGAAAGCUUUAACUCAAUCUGGUGAUUACCAUAGAGAAAUGAGGAUGAAUCCAAAAAGUAUUACAGCCUCUCAAAUGUUCGGUCGCUUGGAUGUGGCUACCAAUGAUUGGACAGAUGGAAUUUUUUCAGCACUUUGGCGUAAAACUUUGAAAUUAAAAAAAGGCGAACAUGUAUGGAUGGUCCUUGAUGGACCGGUCGAUAGUAUAUGGAUCGAAAAUUUAAAUUCCGUAUUAGACGAUAACAAAACCUUGACGCUUGCCAAUGGCGAUCGUUUAUCAAUGGCACCUACAUGUAAAAUUAUUUUCGAGCCACAGGACAUCGACAAUGCUAGUCCUGCAACAGUUUCUCGUAAUGGUAUGGUAUACAUGAGUUCGUCAGGAUUAGAUUGGAAUCCAGUAGUUACAGCAUGGCUCAAACGUCGAUCGCCACUCGAACGGGAGACUUUGGAGCAGUGCUUUGUCGAUUCUUUUGUUCAGGUAUAUUCUUGGUCCACUCAAACGCUUUUAUUAGCCAUCAAUGUUCUACAAUGUAAUAUUGUUCAGCAAAUGCUUUCUAUCCUCGAAGGAUUAAUACCACCUGAAAUAUCGGCGGAAGAUGGUGAAGAUAAUGAUAACGAAAGAGAUAGAUCUCAACCUAUAACUUCGGAACAUCUAAAACGUCUCUACAUUUUUGCUUUAAUCUGGGGUGUGGGAGCGCUUUUGGAAACAGCCGAUAGAUUAAAAUACGAUGUAUUUUUGAAAGAAAACUUUCAAAGCUGGGAUCUUCCAAACUCAGAAAACUGUCCUGAUGCGAAAAUCUUUGAUUUUUUUGUCACCGAAAAAGGCAAGUGGGAUACUUGGACGAGUAUGGUAACGAAUUAUGUGUAUCCCGAAUAUUCAACACCCGAUUAUAGUAACGUACUCGUGCCAAUUCCCGAUAAUGUACGUAUUCAAUAUUUGAUCGAUGUGAUUGGCCGCCAAGAUAAGGCUGUUUUAUUAAUUGGUGAACAAGGAUCUGCUAAAACAGUUAUGAUGAAGUCAUAUAUGAAAAAGGCGAAUUCUGAUACCACCUUAAAUCGAUCCUUCAAUUUUAGUUCAGCGACUAGCCCCUGCCAAUUUCAGAAAACUAUCGAAAGUUAUGUAGAGAAACGUAUGGGAAACACGUUUGGACCACCAGGUGGUAAGAAGAUGUUGAUCUUCAUCGACGACAUAAAUUUGCCGCAAAUAAAUGAAUGGGGUGAUCAAAUCACUAACGAAAUUGUACGACAGACUAUGGAUAUGAAGGGUUUCUAUUCUCUCGAAAAACCUGGCGAUUUCACCACUAUCGUUGACGUAACAUUUCUAGCAGCAAUGUGUCAACCUGGCGGAGGAAGAAAUGAUAUACCUUCGAGAUUGAAACGACAAUUUUCCAUUUUCAAUUGCACUUUACCCAACAACGAAUCGAUCGAUCAUAUUUUUAGUGUACUCGGAGAGGGACAUUACAACACAAAAAGAGGCUUCUCUGAUGAAAUUAGAAAUCUUAUUAAAAAAAUGGUUCCGUUAACCCGAAUUCUAUGGGAAAGAACGAGAGUAAAAUUGUUACCUACUCCAGCUAAAUUCCAUUACGUUUUUAGCCUUCGAGAUUUAUCACGAAUUUGGCAAGGAAUAGUUGGUACUUUAUCCACGGUAAUAGAUACAGAAAACGUAUUAAUGUCACUCUGGAAACACGAAUGUAUGCGAGUUUUUAGUGACAGAUUUACAAUGCAGUCAGACAAGGAAUGGUUCGAGGAACAGGUUGUUCUAGUUGUAAAAGAUAUUUUAGGCGAAGAUUACAUCGACAUGACGAAACCAAAUCCUGCGUUUGUAGAUUUCAUGAGGGACGCGCCUGAACCCACUGGUGAGGAAAGCGAAGACGCUGACGUAGAAUUACCAAAGGUAUAUGAACCUGUUUACGAUGAACAAGUAUUACGAGACAGGUUGGAAAUGUUCCUGGCACAAUUUAAUGAAAUGCAACGAGGCGCCGGUAUGGAUCUUGUAUUUUUCCCCGACGCGAUGCUACAUCUAGUAAAAAUUUCUAGAGUGAUAAGACAUCCAAAAGGAAAUGUCAUGUUAGUAGGAGUGGGUGGCUCGGGUAAACAAAGUCUGACAAAGUUAUCCUCUUUCAUCGCUGGGUAUAAAACCUUUCAAAUCACAUUGACAAGAUCCUACAACGUAGCAAACUUUUUGGAGGAUUUAAAAUUUCUUUAUCGAUCUUGUGGUGCUCAAGGAAAAGGCACCACUUUUAUCUUCACCGAUUUGGAUAUCAAAGAGGAAGGUUUCUUAGAAUAUUUAAAUAAUAUUCUAAGCUCCGGUGUAAUCAGCAAUUUAUUUACGCGCGACGAACAAGCAGAGAUCAUAUCGGAAUUAACACCUAUUCUGAAACGUGAGAAUCCUAAAAAAACCAUCAACAACGAGCUAACGAUGGAUUUCUUUCUGCAAAGAACCUGUCAAAAUUUACACGUUGUCUUCUGCUUUUCACCGGUAGGAGAAAAAUUUCGAAAUCGAGCUCAACGCUUUCCAGCAUUAAUAUCUGGUUGCACGAUAGACUGGUUCCAACCUUGGCCUAAAAAUGCACUCAUUUUGGUCGCCCAACAUUUUCUCCAUGAUUUCGAAAUUGCUUGCACAAACGAAGUUAAAAUCGAACUCGUGAAUGCUCUUGGUUCUAUACAGGAUAUCGUCGCUAAAACUUCGAUGGAUUAUUUUCAACGAUUUCGUCGAGCGACGCACGUAACACCGAAAUCUUAUCUUAAUUUUAUUGGCGGUUACAAGAACAUUUAUCGUAACAAACAGCACGAGCUAGGAGAAGGUGCAAAAAGAAUGGACACUGGGUUGGCUAAGCUCGAAGAAGCUUCCAUAUCCGUCGAAAUUUUAAAAAAAGAUUUAGCUUUAAUGGAAAGGGAAUUGGUGCAGGCAUCGGAAAAAGCGGAAACGGUUUUACUAGAAGUGACGGAAAGAGCGACGCAAGCGGAAGCUUUUAAAAAUCAGGUACAAAAAGUGAAAGAAAAAGCAGAACAAUUAGUGGAAUGCAUAGCCGAAGAAAAGGCAUUAGCAGAGGAAAAGCUCGAAGCUGCGAAGCCUGCCUUAGAGGAAGCGGAAGCUGCCUUGAAUACCAUCAAACCUGCUCAUAUAGCAACCGUUCGUAAACUUGGAAGGCCGCCUCAUCUUAUAAUGAGAAUAAUGGAUUGCGUAUUGAUUCUGUUUCAACGUAAAAUAGGUUCAGUCGUACCGGAUCCCACGACCCAAUGUCCAAAACCUUCAUGGGCCGAAUCCUUAAAGUUAAUGGCUAGUACUACGUUCCUCUUGCAAUUACAAAAUUAUCCAAAGGAUAUAAUUAACAACGAGAUGGUCGAGCUACUGCAACCUUAUUUCAAGAUGGAAGAUUAUAAUAUGGAAACAGCCAGACGAGUUUGUGGCGACGUGGCAGGAUUGUUAUCGUGGACCAAAGCCAUGGCGUUCUUCCAUUCCGUAAAUAAAGAAGUUCUUCCCUUAAAAGCUAAUCUAGCUUUGCAAGAGGCCAGAUUGAAAGUAGCUAUGGAGGAUUUGGCAAAUGCCGAGAGAGAAUUGUCGGAAAGAGAGAUGGCUCUUCAAACUGUAAAGGAACAAUACGAUGCCGCGGUCUCGGAAAAACAAAGAUUAACCGAUGCUGCAAAUGUAUGCCUCAGAAAAAUGACAGCAGCGACGACUCUCAUCAAUGGUUUAGGAGGUGAAAAGAUUCGAUGGACCGAACAGAGUAAAGAUUUUAAGCUUCAAUUAGGACGUUUAGUCGGUGAUGUUUUAUUAGCGACAGGUUUUUUAUCAUACUGCGGUCCUUAUAAUCAACAAUAUAGAAGUAAUUUAGUAACUGCUUGGAUGGAUAUUUUAACGACGAAAGUCAUUCCAUUUACGAAACAUUUGAGUAUAACCCAUAUGUUGGUCGAUACCGCAACUAUGUCGGAAUGGACACUUCAAGGCUUACCGAACGAUGAGCUAUCCGUGCAAAAUGCAUUAAUCGUUACGAAAUCCACGUCGUAUCCUUUAUUAGUGGAUCCUCAAAAUCAAGGUAAAAUGUGGAUUAAAAACAAAGAAUGUUCAAACGAAUUGCAAAUCACUUCUCUAAAUCACAAGUAUUUCCGAACGCAUUUGGAAGAUAGUUUAUCGUUAGGCAGACCUUUACUAAUUGAAGAUGUAGCGGAAGAACUCGAUCCUGUUCUUGACAACGUGCUUGAGAAAAACUUCAUUAAGUCAGGCUCUAUAGAAAAAGUCAUUGUUGGAGAUAAAGAGUGUGAUGUAAUGCCUGGUUUCAUGCUUUAUAUUACAACUAAGUUGCCAAAUCCUGCAUAUAGUCCCGAGAUAUCUGCAAAAACGUCUAUAAUAGAUUUUACUGUGACAAUGUUGGGUUUGGAAGAUCAAUUAUUGGGUCGAGUUAUACUUAUGGAAAAAGCUGAUUUAGAAGCUGAAAGAGUAGCUCUGUUUGAAUCUGUCAUGACGAAUCAGCGUUCCAUGAAAGAACUCGAGGGCACUUUAUUACAUAGGCUCACAUCUUCAGAAGGAUCUUUGGUGGACGACGAAGAGUUGAUAGGAGUACUUCAAGAAACUAAAUCUACAGCAGAAUCGGUAAAUGAAAAAUUAAAAGUAUCGGCUCUAACCGAAAAAAAAAUUACAUUAGCUCGAGAAGAAUUUCGGGCAGUUGCAUCUAGAGGAUCCAUCUUAUACUUUUUAAUCGUAGAAAUGAGUAACGUUAACGUGAUGUAUCAAAAUUCUUUAAAGCAAUUUUUAACUAUAUUUGACAAUUCUAUAACAAGAUCAGUCAAAAGCUCUAUCACCGCGGAAAGAAUAAAUACGAUACUACGACAUCUCACAUAUGAAGUAUGGGCUUUCACGUUGAGAAGUCUUUACGAAAGACAUAAAUCUUUGUUCACAUUAAUGUUAGCCAUGAAAAUUGAUUGCCAUCAGGGUACGAUCUCUCAUACGGAAUUCAAUGCGUUCAUAAAAGGCGGUGCAUCCUUAGAUCUCAAUGCGGUUACUCCAAAACCAUUCAAAUGGAUUCUCGACAUAACGUGGCUUAAUUUGGUUGAAAUUAGCAAAUUAAAUAGCUUUUCAGAAAUUUUAACAAAAAUUGAAUUUAGCGAAAAAGAAUGGCGUGUUUGGUACGAAAAGGAAAGACCGGAAGAAGAAGAGCUGCCAUGCGGCUAUCAAAAAAGUUUAGACGUCUUUAGGAAAUUAUUACUUAUCAGAUCUUGGAGUCCGGAUAGAACUUUAUCUCAAGCAAAAAAAUACGUUGUUGAAUCCUUAGGCAGGGAAUACGGAGAAGCAAAAAUCUUGGAUUUAGAAGUAACUUGGUUGGAAUCGGAAGUCCGGACACCAUUAAUAUGUUUAUUAUCGAUUGGUUCUGAUCCUAGCCCACAAAUUACAGCACUAGCCAAGCAGAAAUCCAUUCAAUUAAAAUCAGUGUCUAUGGGUCAAGGACAAGAAUUUCAUGCACGGCGAAUGAUCACGGACGCAAUGAAUACAGGUGGUUGGGUUCUUUUACAGAACAUUCACUUAUCUUUAUCAUUCUGCACGGAAGUAAUGGAUGCACUCGUUGAAACAGAUAUCGUUCAUGAAGCCUUCAGAUUAUGGAUGACAACAGAAGUGCAUCCACAAUUCCCUAUCGGUCUAUUACAGAUGGCAAUCAAAUUCACUAACGAACCACCCCAAGGUAUUAGAGCUAGCUUAAAGAGAACUUAUCAAAACGUAACACAAGAUACAUUGGACUAUAGCACACAAUCACAAUGGCCACCAUUAUUAUAUGCAGUAGCAUUUUUACAUACGGUUGUACAAGAACGUAGGAAGUUUGGUCCACUUGGUUGGAAUAUACCUUACGAAUUUAAUCAAGCAGAUUUUGCAGCUUCUGUACAAUUUAUUCAAAAUCAUCUUGAUGACAUGGAUCCCAAGAAAGGUGUAUCCUGGCCAACAGUCUGUUACAUGCUCGGAGAGGUUCAAUAUGGUGGCAGAGUUACAGAUGAUUUUGAUAAGCGUUUGUUAACAACCUUCACGCAUGUAUGGUUCUGUGAUGUUCUUUUACGUCCUGGUUUUGAAUUUUAUCGUGGCUACAAAGUACCGCAAACUCGAAACCUUCAGGCAUACGUAGAUUACAUCGACAAUCUUCCAACGACUGACAAUCCAGAAGUAUUUGGAUUGCAUCCAAAUGCAGAUAUCACUUAUCAAAUUAAUACAGCUAAGGGUAUUUUAGAUACUAUUCUCAGUGUACAACCGAAAGAAGGUGGUUCACAAGGUGGUGAAACUAGAGAGACUAUCGUUUACAAAUUAGCAAACGAUAUGCUAUCCAAGCUACCAAAACAAUAUAAUUCUUUUGAAGUAAAAGAAGCACUUCACAGAAUGGGAGCAUUAUUACCAAUGAAUAUUUUUUUAAGGCAAGAAAUAGAUAGAAUUACAAGAGUUAUUAAAGAAGUUCACGAUACAUUAACGAAUCUAAAGUUGGCUAUCGAAGGUACUAUCGUAAUGAGUCAGGGAUUACGUAAAUCAUUGGAUUCGAUGUAUGAUGCCCGUAUACCAGAAAAGUGGUUGAAAAUUUCUUGGGAAUCAGCUACUUUAGGAUUUUGGUAUACGGAACUUUUAGAAAGAGAUCAUCAAUUUAGGCAUUGGUGUAUUCAUGGAAGAUCUAAAGUCUUUUGGAUGACAGGUUUUUUUAAUCCUCAAGGAUUUUUAACAGCAAUGAGACAAGAAGUCACCAGAGCGCACAAAGGUUGGGCUCUAGACUCGGUAGUGUUACAAAAUCUUAUAACACGUUUUAAUAAAGAGGACAUUAAAGAACAACCUCAAGAAGGUGUUUACGUGCAUGGAUUAUUCUUGGAGGGUGCAUCUCUUGAUCGUAGAGCUGGAAAACUUAUAGAAAGUAAACCAAAAGUCUUAUACGAACAAAUGCCCGUAAUUUACAUAUAUGCAAUUAAUACGACUGCUGGCAAAGAUCCAAAACUUUACGAAUGCCCUAUAUAUAGAAAACCUCAAAGAACAGAUCAAAAAUAUGUUGGUUCUAUCGAUUUUCAGACUGAUCACAACCCUCGUCAUUGGACUUUACGUGGCGUAGCUUUGUUAUGCGACAUUAAAUAAAUAAAAUUAAUAAAAAUAUUUAUAUAAUACAAAUA